GUCGUCUUGUACACACUCUACUAUAUUGAUUUCAUUUUACCACACGUUCUAUUCUGUUCGCGUGUUUGAUAAUUUUUUUUUGUUUUUCCGUAUGAUAUUAUACCAAUAUAUUCACUAUAUAAAAGACUUUUCGAAACUUAUCGUAUAUUUUACAAAUCGUGAAUUUUUUAAGUUAUUAAUUAAUAAUAAUUGACGGACAUAAAUUAGGUGACUAGGUACCUAGUUUAAAUUAAUAAAACAAAUAAAAUGUAUGCUGCACAAAAUGAGUAUGUAUUAUUUUACAUAGACAUAAUUUAAUUAUUGAAUUUCUAUAGUUUAAAAUAAGUUUAUACAAUUUAAUAAAUACUUAUAUAAUCAUUGACGCAACUAGAUCACCAAAUUUGGGAGUGUUAAAAUUAUGAUAACAUUAAAGACCCAUGGGGAUUGUGGUGGCAUAAUCACUUUUACACAAAUCUUACAAUAGGCAUCUAUACAUUUAAUUUACAAUUUUGUAAAUACACAUUUAUCAUAGGUAACUAUUUUAAAAUUCUUUUUUACAUUUAGAUGUGUUUUGUUUAUAUAGUAAAUCUGUAUUUUGUUCUUCUCAUUAAUUACAUAAUACAUGGAUAAAGUAUUUAGUUGUUACUACGAGAAAGAUGAUUAGGUCUUUUUAGUGGGUGCUGCCCCUCCCCCAGUUGCACCUUUGUAAUUACCAAGAUAUAGGUAGAUACCUACAGAAAAUACAAUUUUAAUAAUUAUUUAUUUAAGUAUGUAGCUAAGUAAAAUUUCAAAUUAUAUUUUAGAAUAUAAAAUAUAAAAAUUUAGUUUUAAAAUUAAAUAUUUUAAUUUUCUUCAAUGAUUGUAAAUUUUAAAUGUAACAUGGUUAUUAGUAGGGUGUGGUUAUAAUGCAAAUUACAUUUUUUUUCUGAAUUUCCUAAAGCAAUUUUGUGCUUUUCAAGCACAACAUUUGUUUCAUAUAUCAAAUAACUUAUAUAUGCAACUUUUAUUUUGCAUUAUUUUGCAUAAGUGUGUACAAUUUUUUUUUAUUUUUAGAAUACUUUCAGGUUUUUAAGGCAUUUUUUCUUCUUUUUAAAAAUGUAUGGUGUUAUCAGAAAAUUUGAAUUUAAAUUUAUUUUGAAAGAAAAAAAAAUUUAAUAUUUUUAUUUUUAAAAUGUAUUACCUAUGGAUUGAUUGAUUGGACCAGAUAAAUAUGAUGCCGGCUGCAAUAAAGAAAAUAAUAAGCUAUAUAUUGAAGACAUAAUAUAGUUGUAUUGCAUUAUUUGUGUUGUGUUUAGUAAAUUUUUAUAUCUAAUAAAAGAUGUUUUUUUCAAUGUUUAAAAUAAAUUUGAGGGCAUUCUCAAAUAUUUUUUUUUUUUAUAAGUGCAUUAAAUUGUAUUUUUAAAGGCAUUUUCCUUUGUUUCUUAGAGCAUUUAAAUCCUUACCCUAGUUAUUAGGUAUAAUUGUUAUAUUAAAUUAUUUAAUUAUAAAUUACCUACGUUUUUUAGAGAAAGUAAAAUAUUCAAUUUGGAUUUUAACAUAACUAAAUUACUUGAACACGCCGAGUAUUUUGAUCAAUGGACCGAAUCACUUAGUGGUAAGUUAAAUAUUUAAAAUUUACUAUUUAUAUCUAAUUAUGUAAAAUAAAUAUUAAAUAAUAUUAUUUAAUAUAGUAUUAUAUUUUAUUUUGUUAUUAUUAGAUAGCAGAACUAAAGGAUGGUGGAUGGUUAAUUCAAUUUCCACUACAUUUACAAUAACACUGUGUUAUUUUUUAGCAGUAUGGUUGACCCCUUGGUAUAUGAAAAACCGUUCACCGUACAAUUUAAAAACUGUAUUAAUUACAUACAAUAUUAUGAUGAUUACAGUAAAUGUAUUUAUUAUAAAAGAGGUAAAAAGUUUAAACUACUACUAAUUAUUGUGUCAUUAGUAAAUAUAAAUGACUGAUAUGAGAAAAUUUUUUAAAUUUUUUUCAGUUGUUAAUAAUGGCUACGAAAUUAAAUUAUAGCUGGAUGUGCCAACCAAUAACUUAUGUAAAUUAUGAAGCAGAACUUAGGGUAACUUUCAAUAAUUUUGUAAUAGGUAUUAAUACAAUAUAAAUAUGUUUUGUAUCACAAUGUAGGAAGAAAUUGAGUAUGUUUAAACAUUUUUGCACAGUGAUCAGGUGUAUUUGGACCUCUUUUUAGCUUUUACAAAUUAUUUUAAACAAAAUUCAGACUUAAAAGAUUUUAAAUCAGUUUAUGAAUAUUCAUAUGUUUAUAUGAUUGAAUUGAUGAAUAGAUAUUUAAGUUGGGUUUAAUUUUUUGCUAACUUUUUAGUUAUAACUUAGGUAUAAUUAGUUUUGCACUCAAAAGACUUUAACCUGUAUAAAUAUUUUGAUUUGUCAAAUUUUACUGGUCUUGUUCAAAUCACAUUUAACAUACAUUUUCACCAUUUUCGAUUUUUGUUUGUACAAUAUUAAUACUAUGUAGAAUCAAAUCUUGGUUGGAGAAAACUGUCUUUAUACAUUAAGUACCACAGUUAAAUACAUUUUGGUUAAUAUGUUUUUAACAAUAUUUGUGACUUGAUAUAUUUAUAAAAUAUAACAUAUAUACUUGUUAUAGAUAGCUGCAUCUGUAUGGUUGUAUUAUAUGAUGAAAUUUUUUGAACUUAUGGAUACCAUAUUUUUAAUGCUCCGAAAAAAAAAUAAUCAACUAUCCUUUCUUCAUGUUUAUCAUCAUUCAACAAUGUUUAUGUUUUCGUGGAUAUGUAUAAAAUAUGUACCAGGCGGAUCAGCAUUUGUACCUAUUAUAGUCAACAGUGUUGUACAUGUAUUUAUGUAUAUAUACUAUACAUUAGCUGCAUUACAGUUUAAAAAAGUUUUCAAGUACAAAAAAUGUGUAACAAUUAUUCAAUUGGUAAAACUAUCUAAUUUCUCAUUAUAAUUAAGAUUAAUAGUAAUAAUAAUUAUUAUAAAAGCUGUAUUACUUUUUUUUAUCAAAUUAUUUUUAAGUAAGUAGUUAAUUUUAAUAUUUAAUGGAUUUUAGGUAGUUGCAAUUUAGACUUUAGUACGGCAUUAAUAAAUUAUGACUUAUGGGAAGUCAAAUAAGACAAAAUACUAUAUAAUCAUGCUAUGGGAAAUUGAGUUUUACUCAUAAUCAAUUUUUGAAUGUAAUGAUUUAUGAUUGAUUUCAAAUUUUAUUAUAAUAUUAAGUAAUAAUAUAUCUUAUACUAAAUAAUUACUUUGAUAAUUUUUAUAUUAAAUUGUUUUUGUUAACAAGUAAAGUAAACUAAAUUAUGUCAUUUAUUAUGGUAUUAAUGUUAUUAAAAUAUGAACAAUUCAUUUAGAGUAUAGGUUACUUACUAUUCUAUUUAAUUCUUGAACAGAUAUAGUUUUAUUAAGCGCAUUAGUUUAUGGUAUUUUUUAAAUAAUUAUAAUUCAGUAAUUUAUACAUAAUAAGAAUUAAUUAAUCUUGAUCUUUAUAGGCUCAAUUUUCAUUUGCUUUACCAAUGGGAAUAAAUGCUAUACAAACUGGCUGUAAUUGGCCUUCGUGGAUGAAGUAUUUGUUUGUGUUUUACAUGAUAACAAUGUUAGUUUUAUUUGGAGAUUUUUAUAGAAAAAAUUAUAUCAAAAAGGUUUGUAAAAUUUAUAAACAUAUAUAAAUACAAUUAUUUUUUUAUUUUUUUUAUAGUAAAAUAAUUUAAUUAUUGUUAUAGGCUAAAAUACAUGAAAAUGAAGUUGGAAAAUAUUUAAAGAAAUCUCAAUAAAUAUAGUUAGGUAAAAUUAUUUUAAUAAUUUUAAGAAAUGUUUUUAUUAUGUUUGUAAGUAAAUAAUAUAUAAAUUAGGUAGGGUUAGACUGACUAAAAAUGCAAUUAUGUGCAAUUUUAGUUAAAAUGCGAAUUCAGUAAAUACUAUUUGGUUUAUUAUAAAAUUGUACAACUAAAUCUUAGGCCAGUCUGAUCAUGCAACUAAACAAUGCAUUCGAUUGGCAGUUGACAUUAUAAUAACUUAAUCAUGUUAUAUUUUUGUAGUAAACAUUUAAAUUUAGUAUAAAGAUCUAGUAUACUAUGAAAUGUUGACUAAAAAUAAUUAAUAAAACAAAUUUAAAGGUUCUUCCAUUUUAAAACAAAAUGUCUUGUGAAUUAUAUAUUAC